GCUCUGCAGUCUGUGUGUGAGGGAGGGAAAGACAGAGAGAGAGAGAGAGACAGAGAGGGAGAGAGGAGCAGAGGGAGGGAGGGGGGAGAGAGAGCAAUGUGCCUUUCACAGAGCUCGGAGCUUGAUGGGAAUGUUUGAUUAGCUCCUCUCUGAAAGAAAAAAGGUGUCCAGGCCUCCCUCUGCUGCCUGCCUCUCCUUCUCUAGAAUAAUGUUGGCUGGAGUUUGGGAUACAGAAAAGCUUGGAAAAAAACCCAUUUUCAUACUGUGUGGAGAAAAGGAAUAAAAAGUUGCACACCUCCAGCAAGUGCUCCUUGGUGACACAUCCAGAUUUUGCUUCACUCACCAUGAGGGCCACAGUCAUUGCAACCUUCUUUGGUGUGUUUCUUACAUGUACAUACACAGCCAAGGAAGCCACAAAGAAGACAAAAAAGGCUAAGCUGUAUGUACCACAGAUUGAUUGUGAUGUCAAGGCAGGGAAGAUAAUCAAUCCAGAAUUCAUUGCAAAAUGCCCUCCGGGAUGUCAAGAUAUAAAACACCGUGUUUAUGGCACAGACAUUUAUGCUUCUUUCUCCAGUGUCUGCAAUGCUGCAAUUCACAGUGGUAUAAUUGACAACUCAGGUGGGAAGGUUCUGGUCCAGAAAGUCGCCGGGCACUCUGGUUACCGCGGGAGCUUCUCCAACGGUGUCCGGUCCCUGUCACUGCCGCGCUGGAGGGAAUCCUUCCUGGUGUCAGAGGGCAAGCCAAGAAAAGGUGUGACAUAUCCUUCAACCCUUGAAUAUUCUUCUUCAAAAAGCACAGCUGUUAAAUCAGAGCCCAAAAAACCAGAGCAAGACCUAAAAGGUAUGAAGAGUGCAGACACCUCUAACACAUCAGAAAAAGCGUCAGAUCAAGGGGACACGGCCCGCAAAGAGCGUCAGACAACUCCGGUGCCGACACCAGGCACAGAAAUGGCCACCACCACCCCCACACCGACCACCACGACGACAGAGCCUUCCACCACAGUGCCACAGCCAACCACAACCCCUGCAGCACCCAGAACCACAGCAGCUCCAGCCAAGGCCAGACCUGGACUGCACAGGGGCAGAGAUAUGGGUUCCAGCAGUGUCCACCCAGCAUAUGCAUCUGUGGUAGCUGCAGCAGCAAGACAGGUUCAGGCCGCACAAGGAAGAGGACAGAAUACAGCAUUCAGGGGCACUUCCACCUCUGCAAGUAACAGGAAUAUUUUACUACACAAUACAGGUGCUCAGCACCAAGAGCCUGUUGCCACCUUCCAGAGCGCUGCCAGCUCUCCAGUCCACCUGGCAAUGGAAAUAGACUCAUGGAAACCUGGACUGAGCCUUUUUGACACAGGCUUCAGUUCAAAGGAAGAAUUGAAUCCAAAGCCGCUGGAAUCCAUCUCCCAGGGGAAUCAGAAUUGCAAGGUUGAUUUGUCCUUCUUAAUGGAUGGGAGCUGGAGUAUUGGCAAACGCCGCUUUCAGCUCCAGAAGCGGUUCCUUGGUAAUGUGGCUCAAGCCCUUGGCAUCGGCAGUGCAGGUCCUCUGAUGGGCAUUGUUCAGUAUGGGGAUGACCCUUCCACAGAAUUUAACUUAAAAACUUAUGCCAACUCCAAGGAUCUAAGGAAUGCCAUUGAGAAAAUACAACAGAAAGGGGGACUUUCCAAUGUUGGGAAGGCACUUUCAUUUGUUAACAAAAACUUCUUUCUGGAUGCUAAUGGAAACCGAGGUGGAGCACCUAACGUGGUUGUAGUGAUGGUGGAUGGGUGGCCAACCGACCGAGUGGAAGAGGCCUCCAGGCUGGCCAGAGAAUCAGGGAUCAACAUUUUCUUUGUCACUGUUGAAGCAGCUGCUCAAAGUGAAAAGCAGAAUGUUGUUGAACCAAACUUUGUGGACAAGGCAGUGUGCAGGACAAGCGGUUUCUAUUCCAUCAACGUGCCCAGCUGGUUCAGCCUGCACAAGGUGGUGCAGCCCCUGGUGAAGCGGGUGUGCGACACCGAGCGCCUGGCUUGCAGCAAGACGUGCCUCAACGCCGCCAACAUCGGCUUCGUCAUCGACGGCUCCAGCAGCGUCGGCACCGGCAACUUCCGCACGGUUCUGCAGUUCGUGGCCAACAUCAGCAAGGAGUUCGAGAUUUCGGACACCGACACGCGCAUUGGGGCCGUGCAGUACACCUACGAGCAGAGGCUGGAGUUCAGCUUUGACAAGUACAGCACGAAGCAGGACGUGCUGAAUGCCAUCAAAAGGAUCAGCUACUGGAGCGGGGGCACCAGCACGGGAGCAGCCAUCAGCUACGCCUCGGAGCAGCUGUUCAGCAAGUCCAAACCCAACAAAAGGAAGAUCAUGAUUCUCAUCACAGAUGGCAGGUCUUACGAUGAUGUCAGCGUGCCAGCCAUGGCUGCUCACCAAAAUGGAGUCAUCGCUUAUUCCAUUGGAGUUGCUUGGGCAGCCCCAGAUGAACUGGAAGCCAUUGCAUCAGACCCCGCUAAAGAGCAUUCCUUCUUUGUGGAUGACUUUGACAACCUCUACCGCUACGUUAAUCAGCUCAUCCAAAACAUUUGCACAGAAUUUAAUUCCCAGCCACGGAACUGAUUGACUCCAGUAAGGCAGGACCCUUGGGUGCUGUGCUGAAGGCAUGACAAGUGCCACAGAAAUAAUGCCAGUCCUCAGUUCAAGAAACACUGGAGGUGUUUCCCUCUGGUACUUUCCAGUCAGCAAGGUUGAUUGCAGCUCUGUCCCUGUGCAUGAUAAUGCUCGUGUAGACUGUUGAUUUUUUUUUUUUAUUGUGGGCAUCAGAAACUCUGAUUUAGAUGGACAGCAGAAGAGGCAGUGAACAUGGAGGAAAUAACUGCAGCUGUUUGAAGAGCUGCUUCCAGCACAGAGCCCCAGUUUGCUCAAUUCUCACCUUUGGACACACACAGGUUCCUUAGAAGUGCCACCUGCUCCCUGAAGUGACCAGGCCCCUUCAGGGAGUGGCCAAGCUGCUGAGCUGCUGUGGUAGAAACACCUCAUGUGGCACUGCCCACCAGAUGACACACAGAUCAGGGCUCAAAUACCAGAUGGAGGGGUAACACAACUUGAGUACCUCCUUAAAAGCAGGUAUUCUGUCCACACUGCUGUCUUGUCAGUAAGUUAAGCUUCAGCUAGUGUCAACUCAAGCACUGGGACUUAUCCAAACCCGGAGAAACUGGAAAGCAAGAAAGAGGAAAGGUUCAAACCCCAGGACCCUACAACUCUGCCUCCUUUACAACCCUACAACCCCAAUAAAGCCCCAGAUCCACAGGGCAGCCAACAUGCAGGAACUGGAAUCUAGUCUCCCACAACACUGCAUUAAUUAAUUGACCUUGAGAAGUGUCUGUCCCCUCAACUUCUUCCUCCACUCUUGGAUGGUUCAAGGCCUGCAGGACCACAGGAGUGUUGCCAGGACGCAGGAGACUCUGAGAAAAACUGUGGGUUUAAGCUGCUUACAGUCACUAAAGCAUUUAAGACCCAUCACUCUGUCAUUAAACCAACACUCAGAAGUGCAGUCUCAGUGUCAGGAGAGCUAUUCAGGAACAAUUAACAGGAUUUAAGAGGGAGUUAUCUGAAGUUCUGUAUUGUACACUGGGAAAAGCAGAAUUUCAAGCAUUUAGAUACUCUCCCUCAAAUUUAGGACCGGCUUUUCUUUUAUGGACUGAUUUCAAAAUAUACCUAUUACAGCCCUGGAUCUGUCAGAACACACAGUGGUUUCUUAAGUGAAGAACUACCCAUGUCACUAGUCAGUGCAGGAGGAGGGACACACUAGGAGGACCAAAAAAACUCCACUCUAUUUAGGAAGCAGCAGUUGCCGGUUAUGUUCCAUCCAGUAUCAUUAAAGAAAACACAUUCAUUAAGCAAAGUUAUCAAAGGAGCCAAUAAAAACAUGAGUGUUCACACUCCUUAAAGCAAUCAAAGCCAUGCUGUGCCAGGCUUGUGGAACUAACAGGAAAUGGAAAGAAAUUAAAACUCAGAUUUGCCAUAUUACUUGCAAAUCAGGCUCUUAAAAGCAUUUAUAGUUUUAAUAACCAUGAGCCAAGAUAUUUAUUAGCCACAUAAAUUCUAAUUGAAUUGCCAUAGGGAAGCUCAUUUUAUCAGCAAAAGUAGCACUAUUUUUUAAAUCAUUAUGUUUGGAAAUAUGACUAAAGUAGCUUAUAACCUGUCAACUAAGUAAGCACAACACAAAUUAAUGAAAACAGCAGAUUUUGCAUGAUCCCCCUGGUGGGGUAACAUAAGCCAGGCUGGGGUCCUCUCAAGAGGUUAUCAAAACCAAUUUUGGAUGAAGCAGUGGUUUUACACAGUGAAAGUUCAUCACUUCCCAUUAGAAGAAACAUUAAGUUCCAGCUUUAACUGAGUAUCAUAAAUUCAACCAUUCUAGCCAGACUGAAAGCGCAGGACACUGUCAGCAUCCACAAAUAUAUUUGUAUGCAGAGUUUUUACCACUAAGCUCAGCUACUGCACUUCACAGCAAUAUCUUUUGGCUUGAAAAAAUUAUUAAGGACAGAGAGCUAGGCAUGAGGCAUGAGCAGAGCAACUCCUGAUAUCCCCCAUCUCCUGACUCAGCUCCUCACUACCCUUCUGCUGAACACAUCUUUCUCUGUCAACAGGGGACAUUACAUGGCCUGGACAAAACUCAAACCCAUUACCUGAAUUUACUGGGGACUUCAGUUUAGACACCAGAUUUGUUGUCUAAAAACCUGUUUGUUUUGGGGCCUGAUUUGGGGCUGUCUGAGAAAAAGGCCUUAAUCCUAACUUACAGUUACCCUUAAUACUGUGGUUUAAUUUUUAAUGCAGCAGCUCACCACCACAUAUUGUUCUCCAUACUGAAUGUACUCUUGCAGCACCGAAGAUUGGUACCCUGCAGAGACUCCCCAAUGCUUCACUUGUGCAGUGGUGGCCGAGACAUUGGGAGCAGCUAGAGCACACGUGCUCUUUAGGAUGUGCUAAGGGAUAUAUGCAUAUGGGACAUAAUUUUUUCCUAAAGCUUAAAGUUUAAGCAGUGACAUUAAGCUUUCAAAUGCUUUUUCAGAGGAAAGCUGCACAGCUAUCUUUUGUCAAGCAUUUAUAAGGUUUCAGGGUUUGUUGUUCAGAUGGUUUAUCUUAAGUUUACAGAACAACUAUGGUGCUUGUUUCUCAAUCUGCAUUUUUAUUUACUUCUUGGGACUAUCUUGAAAUUGUCAAUACUCAAACUGUGAAAGUGGUUUAAUCCAACUCUCAUCUAAACAUAGAUGUCCUAUUCAUAAGCACCGUAAACUUAGGUGGAAGUCUCAAAAUUUUGAACACACCCUUCCAUGCGCUCACAGAACACACUCCUCCUCACCUUUACUUUUCAUAGCACUCAAAUCACUUGCUGCCUACUAAAGUCUCUAAAUACUGUUUGAUUAAAAAAACAAGUUACCUUACAUAUAUAGAUAAAUGUUUAAAGGGGUAUAUUUGUUUGAAGAAAGCAGAACUCCUUCUGUAACAUAUGCAAGCUAUUUUGAGCUUAUCAACAUAAGUUGCUAUAUCUUUUGCAAUAAAAUUGUCUUAAAGGCACAUGCAGUGCAUGUCAUCUCAUAUGGGGUUAAAAAAUAAACAGCAAAUGCAGCCCAUGACAUUUUAGUUUCUGAAACACAACUGAGGUUAUUACUACAUUAUGGCAGACUUAGCAAGGUUGGCAAAGCCCUGAGUGCUUCAGUGUUGUCCUUUUACAUGCUCAGAUGAAAAAGAUCCUUAGAGUGAGCUACCACAAAAUUACCUGUCAGAGGCAUCAGUCAACUGAAGCAGAGCCUAAUGACUGAAGGGCAUCAAAAUUAUAUGUACUUUUCAAGGUCUGCAAGAUCAUGUCUUAUUUGGAAUCAGACUUCCUUUGGAAGCUGAAAAAAUAUGACAGUGGCUUUACACAAUUUCUAGAUGUGGGACUGAGUCAAAGGAGGAUCUACAUGUCGAGUCACUUGAUGCUGGGCCCCUUAGUUUCAGGUGUCUGACCAGCUCAGUGGAACCUGCUGUCUGGCAAGGCAUGCCCGAGAGAAGAGAUGGGAGCUGUCUGAACUAGUCACUGCAUGCACAUUCUAGAGAAUGUUGUCUGAUCACCCUCUCCCUAAGAAAUAAGCUCCUUUGCACUCAGAGUUGGCUGGUGGCUUAUCAGUGCUCAGCAACCACAGUGCAGAACACCCACCUGGAAAUACCUACUGAUGUCCAUGCUCUGGAAGCCUUGGCAGAGCUCACUUGCAGCAUCUCCUGCCAACUCCAGCAUUAGCCAGUCCACCAAAUUCAAUUAAGCAUUCAGCCAUCUCUUCAGAGAGAAGUAUCUCAAAUUUCUGUCUCCCCAGAGCAGGACACAGCAUUUCUGUUGUCACUGUGCCACCCUGCACAGAAGGCAUCACCCCCAGUGUGCACCUCCUGCUCCUCAGCUGCUGCUUUGCUGGUUUGGCAAGAGGAGAGUUUCUCCAUGGCUGCUGCCAACAGGGGGGCAGACAAGCUUCCCCUUCCUCCUCACACCCAUUCCCCCAUGGCUCUCCAGCACACAAGGGGAACUAUACCAGUAAUCAGGAAAAGCUCUGGAGUUCAGCAUCCAGCCCGGAUCAACCCAAUCUAAAUACAUUUAUGGAUUCAACACCCUACCCGUAACCCCACAGGAAAUUCAUCCACAUUAUCUACUUAGAAAGCCAAAGCAAGCAGUAGGUAGUAUCAGAAACAUUACCUAGACACCAAAUUAAAGUCACUUUUCUGUGGUAUACAUACCUUAAAUUACUUCAUGGUUGAACAAAGCCACUAUUAUUCUGCUAGCUAUUUUUCUCUGUCCAUGAGCAACAUUAUAGAAGCAACUUGAUGCCUUUUCUUUUCCAUUCCCAUCUCAUUUCAAGACAUCUUCGACACAAUAUCAGGCCAUUUACAUUUGCUGAGUCACCUACAUACUGAAAACAUUACAAAUGUACAUCUAUGCAGCUGAACACUUCAAAUUCCUCAAAAGAAUCAUUUUUCCUUGUUAAACUGGGGGAGGAAGGGGGAUGAGGGUUUUAGCACUGCAUCAGCAACACUGCUCACAAUCAACUGUGUCAGUCUUACUGAAAGGCAAGAAACAUGUUAUUUUCCUUAACACCAGUUUAACCCAUUCUCUGAUUUUAGUGAGAAUUCUGAUAGUGCAGUUCAAGAAUUCCAGCACUCGUAGAAAUUACUUCUUUUUAAGCACAAGAAAUUGUAGAAGUUCCACUGUAUCAUCAAAUAUACUCACUUUUCUCACAUGCAAAUCACCAUGGGGCCAUGUCACAGGCAAACCCAUAAGCAUGUUAAGAAUGCCUCCCCUAUGUGAGGGUCACUCAUGUUAUUCACUGAAUCUUCUUUCCCCCCACCUCAGGAAUCUUCUAGAGGCAUUCACACAUGUGUGAAUGAGAUUGUACUGCCAAUUCAAAAAGCGAUUCCUCCUUUCCUAUGAGGCAGGAAGACGAGUAGGACCAAAUCAGGCUAUUUUAUACCAACCAAGAAAAGAUGAGAACUUCACUUACCCACCUACAAGCUCAUUAAAAACAGGAUGGGCUCACUGACAACAACUUGUUCUGCGCAGGUCUGUGUAGGUUCUCGUGCCACCCGCUCACAGUGCUGUUCUGAGCACCUUCCUGCAGAGACACAGCUGCCAUCUGUGAUUGUGCUUUGCUUUCCCUCAUCCUCUCCCCAAGGGCAGAACCACGCGUUUAUUUUUGCACUGAAUGAACGCUGUCCUCGGGAAGAGCCACGUGUCUGGCUGUGAACAAGGCCUGCUGACAGCCCAGCUCCUGCAGAACUGCACCCCCUCCGCAUGUCUGCUCACCCCACAUUCACCCCCACACAGGCACCACGUGCCCCGGCACAUGGAAGGAUGUGGGGUGUCAACAGAGCCAAGCUGGCGCAGCAGUACGAAACCAAGACAUACGGAGAACAGAAAAACCAAGGCACUCCUGUGAACACGCUGCACAGUUCAGCAGGAAUUUCACAUGGAGUUACCUCAAGCCGCUCCAAACAAGUCUACUUGUCUUCCUCUUAAUGCACUUCCCCCUCCUAGCACUCACUCCAAAACCACAGGUAUCUUGUGAUAAAAUGCAGAAUCAUGAACACAAUGCAAAAUGUUGAAAAAUAGUAUUUAUUAGCACCCAAUUUACAUAAUUAUAUGGUACAAAUGACACUUGCUGCUGCAACAUUAAAUAAAGCUGCUCUUAAAAACCAUUGCUUAUUUCUGGAAGUCCGUGUGAUUUUGCUCAGCACAGAAUGCGGGUACAGUACACAGAUACCCCACUUCACUACUGCCAUACCAACACAAAUACCUGCAUGGUUACCUCAAUGGGGUCUCAUUUUAAACGGCACACUAACAUAAGCAGAUCUAUAUAAUUUUAAAUGACAAAAUAUUUAUUUGACUUAUUCAGGCAAGUGAAUGUAGCUUUAAAUAUAACCUAUCCAAGAAGUUUCACAAAAUAUGAAUUGCAGUGAAAAAGAGAAAAUUCAGGGCUGCACUUGAGAAGCUCAAAAUUACACUGGCGUAUUUCAAAAUAAUCUCCCUCUGAAUUUUCUAUCUUUGCCAUUUAGAUAUUUAUCCAGCAUUUUAAACUACUGAGUUUUAGUAAGAAGUUUAAUACUAAGUUUCUGAAUAAGCAUUUCCAUUUAAAGCAAAAAUUUAUAUUUUUAAUAAUAAACGCUAAACAAAUCUUUGGAGAUUGAAUCACUUUCCUUUUUCUCAUGUCCCAUGAUUAAUAAGCCUUUUCAAAAUCAUGAAAUAUAUUACAUUUAUGGAUGCUUACUCCCAAGAAAACUAUUUCCUUCAUAAAUUAGAAAACAGAAUUUCUCACUCAAAAUAACAUUCACUUUUGUACAACAGUUGCAUUUAAACAAGGUAAUUUUGGUGGUACUGCAAUUCUGACACAGCCUUGUACUGAGCCAUACACAAAAAACUGACAAGUGGACUAUUACUCAACAAGUAGGUACUUCUCAUUUGGAUCCAAAAUUCUGCAAGACACUUGAAGUCCAACAUUGUUUCAAAGUAGUCAUUCAAAACUGGUGUAUAAAAUCAUAACCUAUCCACAGUUCUGAAGAGGAAUCUUAAUUUCCUUAAGCUGUUUGUAUACCAGCCACAGUAGCCUUUUCAUAUCAACAAUCUGCAAUGGAAGUGACCCAAAACAGAAGGGAAGCCACUGAAAUUACUAAGAUGUUAGUGGUUAUUGCCUAUAGUAAUUUCUCCUAAAGAGAGCUGUCAGGUAUCUCUAAGUUCUAGCAGAAAAGAAAAAAAGUGUAUUAAUAUAAGCAACAACAACAACAAAAAUUCUAAGCUACAGUCCAUAUGGCAAAAAAGUUUGUCUUUUUCAACCUGACAGUUAACUGAAGAUAAUUAUGCAAAAUACAAUGCAAAGCUGACAUAUGUCAACAGAGAACCUUACAGCAACAAAAGUCAUCUCAUCAUGGAGCUCCUUCAACAAGUUUUUUCAGAUGCACUAUUCAAGGAAAACAUAGCACAAGACCGCUUUUCAGUUUGCCUGGACUAUAAAGGUACAAGAAAUCAUUAGCUAGCAUGCUCAGUUUGCAUUUCCAAAAGAAGUGCUAACACAUAUGAGACAGUUUUCAAAACUGAUGCACAUUUGCAAAUGUUCAACUUCAAGGAAACAAUUCUAGGAGCCAUAUACCUGAAAACAAGCUACAUUCGAAAGCACUGUAUCUUGAUGAUAGGAACCAUAAAAAAAUAAAUUCUUAAUGGAAAAAUAUUAGCUUGAAGUCCAUCAUUUAUCCCUUAUACAAUGUUUUUGGCUGUUUUUCACAAGUAAUCCAAAAAUAAUGACAAUAUUUGGCUUGGCAAUAAGUUUUCCUUUCCCUUUCAAUCCAGCUGUAUAAAUCUUUUCCCAACACCAGAGUCUAAUACUCUGGUGUGAGGACCAAGGGUUACUCAAAAUAGGCAGGAAGUAAUUUUGGGAGCCUGCAAUUCAAACUUAAGGGAACAAAAGAAGGCUGGCCUGGAGGACCACGUCAGUACAAGGCUUUGAGCAGUUUAGAAACACAUACACGGGGUAUGGUUUAAACACUGGUGUGACCUCCCAGGAUCACAGCAUGGCUUGGCAGCAUGAGCAGGGCAAAAGCAGUCUAACACUCAAUACCACAAUCUACACUUAGGCAGGAAGAAGUUGGGCUAAGAAUAUAACAUUGUUAAAUGCCUUUUUAGCUUAGCCAUAGUUUGGAUUUUGUAGUCUAACAACAAGUCUCUCCUGACAACAAACCAGAUGAGCUCCAGAAAUUCAACUGGAUUUAUGCCUUCUGUAGUGGAAUC